UACGAAUUGACGGGUUUGUCCGGUGGUGGUCAGCAGAUAGACAAAUUGAAGAAGGCCUAUGCCAAGGCAGUGAAAUUAUUGGUCGAUCUGGCCUCCUUACAGACUUCUUUUGUUACUCUUGACAAAGUCAUCAAGGUUACCAAUCGCCGUGUAAACGCGAUUGAACAUGUGAUCAUACCACGCCUCGAACGGACGAUCGCUCACAUCAUUCAGGAGCUGGAUGAGCGGGAGAGGGAGGAGUUUUACAGGCUGAAGAAAGUACAAGACCGAAAGAAGCGUCUAAAGGCGCAGCACGACGAGGAACUGCGCCUCGCUCACAUUGAUCCUCAGGCGAUGGAGGAUCAGAGUGCGGUUAGGAACCUCCUUGUGGACGACGAUGCGGAUCAGAUUCUUUUCUAA